AUGUCAAGUGGCACUCUGUUUGUCCUCGACUCGCGCACCGGCUUCAAGUACGACAUUCCCAUCCAUCGGAAUGCAGUUCGCGCGCUUGAUCUACAGCGCAUCCGAGCGCCCGACUUUGCAGCUCAUCCAGCAGACCAGAUAUCGCGUGGUCUUCGUCUGUUUGACCCGGGGUUACAAAACACUGCUACCGUGACUCGUUCUAACCCACUGGUCCUGAAUAGCAAGUCCACUUUACCGCUGCCGCUGAUUCUUGCCGGCCUCUCAGCAUACAUAGCUUCUAUACCCGACGUUAUGCCUGUCUCAACUAACGCGACCAUCUACCAAGAGAACCUGGAGCAUGGUGACCAUAUUAUACUCCAAACUGUUGGCUGUUACGCCGUCAUAUUCUCCUUAGUCAGAUGCCAUCGUAAUGACAUCCAAUACCAACCUCCCUCAAGUGACCGAACAUACUACGAGAAUCUCUUUAUCAUGUCUGGACUAACCGAUUCGACUACGCAACAGCCCGAUCCAGUUAAGCUGUCGUGCUAUCGUCGAUUCUCCCUUCUCAAUGCAGAUCAUGGAAUGGCGCUUUCAGUGUUCUCUGCUCUAGCAACCGCCUCGGCCCUCACAGAUCCAAUAUCCUGCUUGAUCUCAGCCAUCACGGCUGCUCACGGCCCGCUGCAUUUCGGUGCUACCGAGUCCGCGCAACGGGCACUGAAAGAAAUCGGGAGCCCAGGGAACGUAUCCACAUUUCUGGACGAAGUGAAAGCAGGAAAACGAAAACUAUUCGGAUACGGCCAUCGAGAGUAUAAAGGGGUCGACCCACGCGUCGCCUUUAUCCAGCGUAUCUUGAAAGACCUCCCCGUAAGAACGAACCCGCUCUUUGAAAUCGCCGAGUCGAUCGAAGCGGCAGCCAACAAGGACGAAUAUUUUCGAUCACGCCAUCUCUAUCCCAAUGCAGACUUUUAUGGCAACUUUGUCUUCACGGCUAUCGGCAUUGAGACAGAGAUGAUUCCCGCGGCUAUGCUGAGCCAUCGCAUUAUGGGAAUUAUGGCGCAUUGGAGAGAGUACAUGGCACUAGCCUCUGCAUUCUCUCCCUUGUCUGCAAACAUCUAUUUUCCAGCUCUCAACUCCAUCGCAAAGGAUUUGCAUGUCACCCCAUCUCAAAUCAACCUGACCAUCACCACAUACAUGGUAUGCCAAGGUCUCGCACCCACAUUUACCGGCUCUCUAGCCGACCAAGCCGGUCGUCGACCCGCAUACAUCUACUGCUUCAUCGUCUACAUCGCAGGCAACAUCGCCCUAGCAAUCCAACACUGGUAUCCCGCUCUACUUCUUCUACGCGCAGUCCAAAGCUGCGGCAGUAGCGGAACAGUGGCCCUUGCUUCCGCCGUCGCGGCCGAUAUAAUCACACCGGCUGAGCGCGGUGCGUAUAUGGGCAUAGCCUCGCUAGGGAACAUUCUCGCCCCCUCGAUUGGUCCGGUUCUUGGGGGCCUCUUGAGUCAAUACUGGGGGUGGUCGGCGAUAUUCUGGUUUUUAGCAAUUCUAUCCAGUUGUUUCUUUUUACCUUUCGUGCUUUUCUUUCCCGAGACAUGUUGGGGUGUUGUUGGUGAUGGCUCUGUGUGUCCUCCUUCCGCGUGGAAUCGACCGCUUUGGAGUUGCUUAUUCUCGAGGAGAGAUUUAGAGAGCGAUGGCUCAGUUCUGCCGUCGCCGCCUCUAGAUGGUUCGGAAAUGGGUUGGAAAGUUCCGAAUCCGUGGUCUUCGCUCCGAUUACUCUUCGCUCGUCCGGUCGGGUUGUUGCUCUUCGCUAAUGGGGUUGUUUUCGGGAGCUAUUAUGCCAUGACAGCUGGGAUCCCAGCUGAAUUUCAGAAAGUUUAUCAACUCGACGAUUUCGCAAUUGGGCUUUGCUUUUUACCCGCUGGUCUUGGUUCGUUGUUCUCUGCCGUUCUGAAUGGCUUCGUCGUGGAUUGGAAUUACCGUCGAAUGAGCAGGGUGCCAGGAGAGACUGCGAAUAAUGGCAUUAAACAGGAUAUUCUAUUGUUCCCAGUGGAACGAGCAAGAUUGCAAAUUUGCUUGCCUAUGACUAUCCUCGCGGCAGCCUGCAUUGCAGUGUACGGGAUACUGAUUGCUCGUGAAUAUCCCCUGUGGGUAUCAUUGCUGAUGGUAUUUGCAAUCUGCUUCUGUAUUACGGCCUCGUACAAUGUCAUGAAUGUACUAAUCGUGGACCUGUACUACUCCACCCCGGCGACUGCAAUGGCAGCAAAUAACCUUGUUCGUUGCUCACUGGGCGCGAGCGCGGCUGCUGUUGUUAAUCCGUUCAUUAAAAAGCUAGGCGUGCAAUGGACGUAUGGAAUUGUCGCGGGAAGUUUGCUAGCCGUAACCCCGUUACUUAUCCUUGUCUAUGCUAAGGGCUGGCGCUGGCGCCGAGUGAAAGCAGGGAUGCAGAUCUGA